UUUUUUUUUUUUGAUAUUUUAGAUUUAUAUAUAUAUUUAUACGUAUAUAUACAUAUAUUUAUAGAAAUAUAUAGAUAGAUAUAUAUAUAUGACUGAACCUAUACUUAUUCCAAAACAAUCUAGUACUAGUAGCUCAACAACAGACGAUCAGUCCUUGAUGAGUUCUCAUUCAUAUGAUUCUAGCUAUUCAUCUCAAUCUAACUUUAGCGACAAGGUGAAGCAACACAACAAGGUGAAACGUCAAGGAUCCAGAAGCUCCGUUCUUAAUUCAACAAAAAAUAGAAUGAAUGAACAAGACUCGUCUGGUUUUUCUUCUUCAUGGUUACAACAUAAAAAGCAUUUCAUUAUACUUAGUAGUGCGGGAAAACCUAUAUGGUCAAGAUAUGGGGACGAAUCUAGGAUAUCAUCCUUCACUGGGGUUAUACAAGCCAUCAUUUCAUUUUUUCAAGAUAGUGACGAUACCAUCAAAUCCAUCAAUGCUGGCGAUCACAAGUUUGUAUUCUUAUUAAAGGAACCUCUUUACUUUGUUGCUAUUUCAAGAACUGGUGAAUCGGACGCACAGCUGAAAGAUCAACUCGUUUAUCUCCAUAAUCAGAUACUUAGUGUUCUCACAUCAUCUCAGCUGACACGAAUAUUCGAACAACGGGUCAAUUUUGAUUUAAGAAGGUUACUUGGCGGCACAGAAGUCUUUUUGGAUAGUUUAUCAACAUCUUUCAACAACGAUCACAGUUUUAUGCUUGGUGCUUUACAAGUCUUACGUUUAGGACGAUCUACUAGGGAACAAGCAGGUCAGAUUUUAUCUAAAGGGAAAAUCAAGAAUUUAUUAUAUGCUAUGAUCAUUACCAAGGGUAAACUGGUGACUUUAUUACGACCUAGAAAACAUAGUUUGCAUCCAUCAGAUCUUCACCUACUAUUUAAUAUGCUUACUGGAUCCACUACAUUUCAUACUGCAGAAUCUUGGACACCUCUUUGCCUACCCAAAUUCAAUUCACAAGGAUUUUUACAUGCCUAUAUAUGUUAUAUCGAUAAUGACGUAUCUAUAGUGAUGAUCAGCACUUCCAAGGACAACUUUUUUGAACUUAGUGAUUGGAAAGGAAAAUUGGUUAAGGAACUACAAGAUGAAAAUAUAUUACAGAACAUCAUGACCGCAUCCAAUCGAUUAUAUACAGUUGAUGAUAUUGGGAUUCCAAAGUUACUCCACUUUAUGUACAAAUCCAAGACUCAUAUUCAAUUCACCAGCCCUGGAUGUAGUGGUAUUUAUACAAAAGAUACCAAUCGGAAAAGACUCUAUCGAUUAUACGAAUACGUUUUUGACAGGAUGCAUUCAAGGUCAAGACCAUUAAAAUUGUAUUAUCAUCAUAGUGAUGAAGAAGUUAUCUUGGGAUGGGUAUGGACACAAAGAAAAAAGAAGGCGUGGGCGUUUUGAUUUACUUAUGGGCUUGAUUUUUAUGUAGAUAACAUCGACAUUCGAAUUAUACGUUGUUUAUGGUCCGGAUACGCCAAAAUCAGUCAUCAUCUCACAUUCAAAUCAACUGUUAAGAUGGAUCAAAAAGAAUGACGACAAUUUAUUUAUUCUCAACUCGCCUGUUUUUUAGUCUAGUAUAGAUCAUUGAUUAAUAUGUAUCGUACAUCCGUCUUUUUUAAUAAACAUUUUGAAAAUAUCAAAAAA